AUGCCGGAGAAAAGAGUGACUCCGUCUCCGGCGCUGGGCCAAAUGACGAAGAACCGGCUGAGUCCUCUGCAUCAAUGGAGAUUCAGCCUUCUAACAUCCCUCGUUUUCUUCCUCAUGGUUGUCGUCUGGAGCAUUGACGGUUGUACCAUCAAAAGCUUUAUCGUUUCAUGGAGUUUCAAUGCUUACUCUUCUCCUUCUCAUUCAGUGAAACCGAAGUCCCAUUCUCUGGAUCUAACUUCGAACUCUACCAAUCCACUGGAUCUGUAUCCGACCCGAUUGAAGUUCGACUGGAUCUCCGCCGAGCAGGAACACAAUUUCACGUCGAAUCUUCUGAGAAAUUGGUUGGCUCCGGGAGGAGAGAAAUGCAGAGAAGCAAAGACCGUCGAUAUCUCCGUUCCGAACAUCGACGGAAAAGAAUCUGUAGAGUUAACGGCCGGUAAGAUCCACGAAUUCAGAUUUCAAUCCUUGGACGAAUCGGGUAAACCGGUCUGCAUCGGUGGGGAUUACUUCGAGACUGAUCUUUCCGGCGAAAACUGGAAAUCGAGACCACCGGUUAAGGAUUUAGGCAACGGGACUUACUCUUUAUCCCUCCAGAUUCAUCCCGAUUUCGCCGGAGACUACAAUCUCACCGUCGUUUUGCUCUUCCGCCACUUCCAAGGCCUUAAACUCAGCCCCACGCGAUUCGCCGUCGACAGAGUGCUACGCAAUUUCAAGCUACGCUUCGUCACGAAACCCGACGUCGUUUUGCCGGAGCUCCGGAGAUGCGAUCGUUCCGAUUUCGAUAGAGAAGUCUGGUCCGGCCGGUGGACCAGGCUCGGUAAGAACGACGAGUGCGAGAUCAGCAACGACGGGCGUUACCGUUGUCUUCCCGCUGAUUUCCCUUGCCGGAAACCAUGGUGCGACGGAGCGUUAUCGGAGUUAGAAAGCAACGGCUGGGUUUACUCCAGCCAUUGCUCCUUCAAGCUCUUCUCCGGCGAUUCGGCUUGGGAUUGCUUGAAGAACAAAUGGAUUUUCUUCUGGGGAGACUCCAACCACGUCGAUUCGAUCAGAAACUUGCUGAAUUUCGUCUUGGGUCGUCCGGAGAUCCGCUCCGUCGCGAGGAGGUUCGAUUUGAAGUUCUCGAAUCCGAAGAACUCAUCGGAGACAGUUAGGAUCACGAGUAUCUUCAACGGACACUGGAACGAGACUCAGAACUAUCAAGGUCUUGACUCGCUUAAAGACGAAGACUUUAGAGAGCUGCUCAAAAGCUACUUCGCGGAGGAGAACAGCGUCCCUGACGCCAUGAUCGUGAACUCCGGUCUCCACGACGGCGUUCACUGGUCUAACCUCAGAGCGUUUGCGAAAGGCGCGAAAACCGCGGCUGCGUUCUGGAGAGACGUUUUCGACUCGGUGAAAAGCCGCGGUUUACGACCGCCGGAAGUGAUUUUCAGGAACACGAUUGCGACGGGCGGUUACGCGAGGACGCUCGGGUUUAACCCGAGCAAGAUGGAAGUGUACAAUAGGGUGUUUUUGGAGGCGAUGAAGGAAGCUGGGCUUGUGUCCGGUGUGAUUGAUAACUUUGAUAUGACGUACCCGUGGCAUUAUGAUAACAGAUGUAACGACGGGGUUCACUACGGGAGAGCUCCGGUGAAGAUGAGGUGGAGAGACGGCGAGAUUGGGCAUCAGUACUUUGUUGAUCUGAUGCUUGUUCAUGUCUUGUUAAAUGCAUUGUGUGUGAGAUAA